AGAACCACAGCCCAUCAUGGCCCGCGAUAUCCUGAAAGCAGCCCAGUCCGCUUCGAACGUGGUGGCUCUUCACAAGAAAUACACUGUUCAGUCCACAGGAAUCUGGGAACGUAUCCGCCGCCUCCUCGCUGUUGAUCCUAACCGUUCGACCGGUGUUCCUCUGAACUCACAAUUCCGUCUACCCGCUCCAGGAGCUCUUCCUCCUCUUUCUUACGAUGACCCCGUGACGGUGCCGGCCGCUGAUAUCGCCGACAACCCGUAUUGGAAGCGCGAUGGCCGAAGAAACUACCCUCGGGUAAGCACAGUGAACCAGGCGGAUGCUGUUGGCCUCCUCACCGUGGGAAGCCAGGCCGCACCAAAGGACCACAUUCUCCAGAUCGGCCAGGCGGGCGAAAAGCAGCUGGUUUCCGUUAAGCAGGAAGGUGAGGAGCGGGGGCUUGCCGGCCUCUUCAAGAAGGACAAGAACGGCAUCAAGGGUGUUCUAGGUGCUAAUGGCCUGCCGCCCACGCCUCGCAACCUGAACUCCUCUGCCCCAAAAUACCAUAUUACCAAUGAUCAAGGUUAUCCCAGUGUGUACCCUUGCCGCACCUUCGUUUAACUUAGCAAAUUCCUAUUAUCUGGACCCAAUGUAUUCCAUUUUUCUUUUCUC